GGAGAGAAAGAUAUGGUCCCACAAGAGAGUCCAAGCCACAUACACACAAUUUACACACACAUACAUUCUCUCCCUCUCUCGGUUUUGUGGAAUAGUGGAUUACUUUUUGAAAUCAAGCAGAUGCAUGAUCAGGUGGCCGCUUGUCCCAGCUGCCUUAAGGUGUGACAUGAACCAUGGAAGGGUGCAGAGGUCCGCUUACUAGCUCACCUCGCAGCCGCCUGACCAGCCGGAGCCCAGGGGGAUCCUGCAGAAUGCAGCUGGGCUCUCACUAGCACCGAGUGGACCCUGUCCUUUCGCACGUGGGACCAGGGCUGCAGAAUGCUCAGUCCUGUCACCCCUUACACAGGUCUGUUGAAGAUGCACUGGUCUCCGGAGCACACCGCCCCUCUGUCUCAGUGGCCUGAGCAGCACCUCGACGUCACCUCCACCACGUCGCCCCCAACUGUCCACAAGCAUGAGUCCUAUGCCGCUGCUACUCGCCGUGGUUACCCCUAUGCCGGUUACCCUUGGGCCAGUGACGACAUAUCAGCCCUGACCGCUUCUUCACUUCUCAAGCGCUAUGCUGAGAAGUACUCAGGCCUGGAGCUGCCCUAUGAGCGUCCUGUUGCAGGGGCCUACUCAGAGCCUGGCGCUUUCCUUAAAACAGAAUCUGAGCCCUGGGCGAUCAGCCAGGGCAUCGAGUGCUACCCCGGACUUGAAGCGCUAACUGGUGCCAAGGUGGGUUCUGGCAUCCCGGCCACAGGAAGUGUGACUGUUGUGAGCAGUAACUUAGCCUCAGAGCCAGGCUACAGUAGUGUUGGCUCCUGCGGUGUACCGUCACCACAGGACUAUCCUCCUGCCUACAACAGCACCUACCUGACCUCAGGGUACUGCCCUCAGCCUGGCACAGCACUUCCCCCAGCCCCUCUUCACACUUUGCAGGCCACACCCACUUUAGUGCCCAGCUAUAGUGCAAGCACUCCAGUCUACAACUACCCGCCAGGCUGUUAUCCCCAAAACAGCCUCUCUUCUGGAUAUAGCCACACCAGUGCCUCCUAUCUACCCUCUGUGAUUAGUACCCCUACCCCAUUACCCCCCAGGCCCACUAUGGUGGCGGGCAGUUACAGCUACCCAUCCCACAGCCUAGGAGGGGCCACCGAGGCUGGAGCACCGCUGAAACGCAAAGCUUUUGAGAUGGGAGAAGACGGGCAAGAGGGAGCCGAGGUAGAGGGAUCGCGCUAUCGAAAGUACAGCAAUGGCGUCAGCAAAGGCAACGGCUAUAACACAAGUGGCUCAGGUUCUGAUCCACAGGCCUACAAACCUGGGAAGCCCCUAAUGUCACCCUCUUAUCGCGGCACAGGAGCAUACAGCCCCCCGUCCGGCCUGCCAGUGGAAAGCGUGCCAGGGGAUCACAGCUUUCCUCAGCAGAGGAUGUCUAUGAAGAUACCGGCAUCGCACACACGAGCUGAGGACCCCACUGGGGGUCACUGAUGAUCCCCAGUUUACAAAAUUCCCUCACGCUUGGAACCCCAAAGACACUUGCUUUGAAUAUCACUUACCACAAGAGGGCACAAGAGUGAAGUUUAUCAUUAUUUUUGUUUCCUUCUUAUUAUCCACGUGUUCCCAAAGAUACACAGGGGCAUUUGAUCCUGUAAGACAUAAAGCAUUAUCUGCAUAGUCAGCAUUAAUCUCAGGAUCUAUUUAUUUCUUCCAAGCAGCACUGAAAUGUUGCUUUUUUUGGUGGCAGUAGGAGUAAAGAUAUGUGGCUCUGAUGUUUAACAGGUCCCUGACUGCAAUGUUCCAUACCUGCCCACAGAGAUAAUUUCUGACCAAAAAGUAAGGAGAGCAAUAAUUCAAAAGGUGAGACUGUCGUACCACUUCAGCACAAUCAUGACUGAUUUUGAGGCUUUAGGAAAGGAAUCUUUACGUUCCCUCUUGUGUUCCUGCUAUUCUGCCUCUUGUGUUCUACCCAAUGCUAAUGUUUAUACAAAAGCAGGCUGCUUAAAUGAAGCUGGCCUUUGAGUCGUUCUAGCGCAGGAUUUCAUUGUUGUAUUUAAACGGUAUUUGGCGUUGACAAAGACAGUGUAUUUAGUAGGGGUGUAACGGUAUGCCAUAUGCACGAUCGGUAUACCUCGGUUUUAAAGUCCUGAUUCAUUUUGGGUACAGUAAGUGGACAAGACGUGUGUAAACAAAUGUAAUAGUUUUUUUUUUAUGAAACAGAAAAAAAACUGCAUAUUAUCCAUGCCUUUUCUAUACUGCGUAUCUCCAGUAGCGUUGCGAGUAAGUUGCAGCCUAUCCCAAGAAAUUAAAAAGAAAUAAAUGUUAAGUAAUAUUUUACAGUUUAACAGACGUGUCAAACACAUUAAAAUGAAAGGAUGUGAGAGCCACUUUCAUACGUUAAAGAAGCUGAAAGCAACCCACUGUAGGUCAAUAUAUGCUAAGCUAUCUGAACAAAACAUCUAAGCUUUGCGUUAUAUGGGACAAAGCGAAUUAGCGUAAUAUCUAAUAAUACAUGUUAAUAAGGAAUUUUAUUUAAUUUUACAGUAAUGGCCAACAAAAAAGUAUCCAAGAGCUAAACAUUCGACUGAUGGUUUACAGUGUUUCUUUUUAGAAAAGUGCAACAAUACAUAUGUUCAACUGUUUAAACAGUGUGAUUUAUUGUUUAAUUUUCAUUGGAAUAAUGUUCUUUAUUGGUUGAUGUGCUGCAUUAAUAGUUCCAGCUACUGAACAAUGACGGCACACUACUUUUGUUUUAUCCACUCACCGGGAAAGCCAAGUGCUCCCAAACAUUGAAGAGGGAAGAGAAGAGGGUUUUCAAGCCUUGGGUUCUCCUUGGCACUAUCCCUAGCCAAGGCUGGACUGCACGGUUUUUGUUUACGGAGUGGACGCCUGAUGCGGGGUAGACUUCCUGUCCCUCACUUAAACGCGUACCUUGUGAGAAAUUGGUAUGCCUCUGUACCGAACCGAUUGAGACUACACGUAGCUUUACACCCCUACUACUUAACGUAUGCAACUUUGGGGCACAUUAAUUACUCAUUUUCUACCAGAAUCCGUCUUAUAUUUUGUCUUAACUAUAUGAGCAACAAUCAUGCUACAUACUGCUGAACUUAGCAAUGCAAGCGACAGCUUGUGUUUCGAUGCACACGGGACGUCAAAACAGGCCUUUGGAAAGUUAGCCUGCUUGCAUUUACUUCGCUCUUUAUUGUUUUUGCCUCUCUAAAGGAAGAUUUGUCCUCAUGUUAUUGAAUACUCAGGAAGAAUAUUGUUACCUCACAAUGAUGAUGUAAGAAUGUAUGUUAAUACCGCUUGUAGGGACCUCUUUGGAGCCAAAUUGGGGUUGUCGAAAAACAAAAACAUACUCUGAACUCUUCAGGGAAUUGACAAGGCCUUUUACAUUAACAGUGAACACACACACAAACACACAAAUGCACACACAUAUAUGCACACACACGUACAGCUUUAUAGCUCUGGGAAAGUGGCGAUAUUUGUACCAAGGCCUGAAAUGUUGAAUGUAAUUGAGAUUCUUUUUUUUUUUUUUAAAGAAAAAGGACAAUACAUGCCAUAAUGUACAUGGAUGACAUUUUUAGAUAUAUGAAACAUAUUUUCUUCAUGUAUAGAUUCCCUUAUAGAUUUUUGGUGGCGAUGAAUGGUGAUAUGUGUUUAGUGUGUGUAGUUAGCAGCAGGGCAAAGCACUCCAUGACGAACAACUGACAAAUUAAAUGCUACAGUACACAGUACAUUAGAUAUGUUUAUCAAAAGGUCUUAAUAAAGUUUGCUAUCAAAUGAUUGUUGAAUUGGCGUCACAAAGGAGGAUUGUGACUAUUUGCUUAAUGUCACUUUGUGAGUACAUUUAAGAGCGCGCCCUCAUUCAGUUGGAAAUGGAUUGAUUUGAUGUUUCAACUUUUUUGCAGUAUUUGCAUUUGCGUUCACACUUGGUGUUGGCUAAAUGAUCACGUGGCUAUUUCUGUCACAGACUAAGUCUACACAAUAAGGACUUGGUUUGGACACCAUCCGUGACAUAUUACAAGAUGUAACUCAUAAUAUUCCAAAUAAAAAUUCUCCUUGCUGCUAUAUUCAGCUUAGAUUUUACAAAAAGCCUAAUAAAUAAACGUUUAAAUGGUGCCACACACACAGAGGGAGAAAGCGGAACAGAGACAGUCCUUCCAACUGAUUUUCUCUGUGCCUUUGGUCCGUAUUGCGCUCACAUUUGAGUUCAGAGCAAUCAAACAGCACUAGAGUUGCUGAUAAAUGGGUUUUAGACGGCUUGAAGGUUUAGGAUGAUGGUGUUCACAUAUUUGUCAUUGGACCGAGGGCUGCGAAGUAAAGAACAUAUUUAUAGAGUCAGGAUUUGAUUGGACAGAUUUUGUGACAUAUUAUGUGGCGUAACACAAAAAAACUAAACACGGUCUGGUGGGUUGAAUACUUUGGGUAUUUCUAUAAAGUAGUGAUGGUUAAAAGACGCCUCAGUGACUCACGGGCUGUAUUGAUACUGCACUGAUUAUGUGAUGGUGUUUCAUAAUGGCGGUAUCUGCUGCAUUAAAAAACUAAAUUUACCCGAAAAUCGAAUUGGCAUUUGUAAAUAGUUUGUGCAGCAAGGAAUAUGAAACACACAGCUCGGCUCAAUGACCAUUUGGUAAACAGGAAUAGAAAAACAUUAUCUCAAACACACAUCUAAAUUUUUUCUUUUUCUUAGUUUCAUUUAGAUCAACGGCUCAAUGGCAAUGGAAUUUGAUGUCAAACGCGGCACACCACUCUUCCGAUUACUCAUCUCGUGAGCUGAAAAAGGCACUUCUUGAUAAAGACCAGUUUAGUGCUUCAGUCAGAUGACACAGCAGCUGUAUCUGUAAUGUUUUUUUUUUUUUUAAAGUGAUCAUACGCAUGAACACAUCGAAGUAUCGAGAGAUGGUAUCAAUUCAUUCCUAAUAUGUGGUCAGAUUUUACCUAACUAGAUUUCACAAAAAGCUUAUAAAAUAUACUUUUUAGGGGCGCCACACACACACAGAGAGAGACAGCGGAACAGAGACGCAGCCCUUCCAAUGCAUUUUCUUGUACAUAUUUGCUCUUACUGCAUGCUUUUGAUGUCAUUUUAACACUGCUAUGUGUCUUUGGGCCUUGCAGUGUUCCAGUUUGAGCUCAAGUGAACCUAGCAAAGGCACCAGAGCUCCUUUUAACCAAGCCAUACAUGCCAAGUGUGAACGCAGCUUGAAAGCGUGAUGCAAAACAAUGAGAAUAAGACUCAAUUUCGAACAUGUCUUUGAACCAACCUGGUUUUUAAAAGUAUUUAAGCGCUUAGAAUUGAAUGCUCUUCACUGUUCUCCACAAGCUUUUGUUCUCAUUCAGCGAGUUUUGUCAAACCCAAAUUGGAUCGCAGUGUUUUUCUUUUUUUGUUGUUUGUUUGUCGUCAUAUCUCGUGCUUCUCCGUAACCAUUUCUACCUCAUUUUGAAGACAAUGUACAUGGAAGUAUUUAUUUCAUGUCGUUUCAUGUGCCAGUUCAGGAGCAGUAAUGUUUCUCCACUUUGACCCGUUACAGUCUACCUCAUGAAAACUGUUGUGUUGAUGAAAAUGAAGAUACUGUACCAAAAAAAGAGGAAAAAAAAAAAAUCAUACUGAAUCGGAUUUUGUGUUAUUUUUGUCUAUCAAACCAAAAAUGUUUGAUGUUUGAGUGUUGUCGUUCACUAAACUGUAUG